UAUGCAAUGUUACGUAACAAGUUUCGCCUGUUGUCCCCCCCUCCACAGGUUAUACGUGUAACAGCAGCGUGGUCCACCUGCGUCAACCUGUGCCCACCUGUGCUAUUACAUCACAGCGAUCACAACAGUCGAGCUCAGAAGGGUGGUUGACACGGUCGAGGGCGGUCGCGAGUGGAGGAUAAAUAAGUAACAAGCAAUUCCAAGCGUAGCAGAAUGGAGAGACUGGAGAGAUUUGGAAAGCAAAAAAGAGAGGUGGAACCUGGAAAUAGGAGUAUGGACACACCCAGGAAAGGUUAUGGCCGUCACAAGAACUACUUCUGGAAGCCAGGAGAAAGUGUGAACCAACAUUUUGAUCUCCGACAUCGGGUACCGGUAACAUACCAUAAGAAAAUUCCAUGUCGUUGGGAGAACCGGCCUCGUGGCGGUGACAAACAAGGAUGCUUCUCUCAUCUCAAAAACCCCUGUGUGCCGCCCAGAAUAUCUGACAUGGGAAAAGCACAGCGACACAGAAAAUGGGAAACUACAUCAACCUACUCUAAGAAGAACAAAAACCAGCAGGACUUGCGUUUUAAAAUCUUGUCUCAUCUCAAAAACCCCUGUGUACCGCCCAAAAUAUCUGACAUGGGAAAAGCACAGCUACACAGAAAAUGGGCGACUACAUCAACCCGCGCUAUGAAGAACAAAAACCAGCAGGACUUGCGUUUUAAAAUCUUGGAGAUUCGCACGCAGAAGUGUUCUCAGCCCGAUGAAGCAGCUGCGUAUGUCCAAAAGAGUAAACCUUGGAAACCAGAGCAUAAGGCUGCUGCUUCCGGUUGGGCCAGAGGCGCAGUCACUAGUCUUCGAGCUCUGAUCCUAUCCAAGACAGCCCACCCUAACUCCAAAGCUCAUGUUGCUGUAAGCGCAAAGAAUUUUAACAAUGACUGUGAUGCGGAACAUAAGAGCAACACUUCAGAAGCUAUGUUUCAGAGAAGGAAGAGACGUUUUAAAUCAGAUUAUAGUUUUAAAGAAAACAGAAUUGUUUCUGGUGAUGCGGAACAUAAGAGCAACACUUCAGAAGCUAUGUUUCAGAGAAGGAAGAGACGUUUUAAAUCAGAUUAUAGUUUUAAAGAAAACAGAAUUGUUUCUGGUGAUUCGGUUACACUGGUACUUAGUGGAAAAUGUGAUUCAAAUAAUGAUGACACUUUAACGGGAGCAGUACAAGAUGGACAUACAGACACCAUUUUGUUCAAUGUAAAAUGUGAUUCAAAUAAUGAUGACACUUUAACGGGAGCAGUACAAGAUGGACAUACAGACACCAUUUUGUUCAAUGUAAAAUGUGAUUCAAAUAAUGAUGACACUUUAACGGGAGCAGUACAAGAUGGACAUACAGACACCAUUUUGUUCAAUGUAAAAUGUGAUUCAAAUAAUGAUGACACUUUAACGGGAGCAGUACAAGAUGGACAUACAGACACCAUUUUGUUCAAUGUAAAAUGUGAUUCAAAUAAUGAUGACACUUUAACGGGAGCAGUACAAGAUGGACAUACAGACACCAUUUUGUUCGACGUAAAUCAUGUAAUAAAUCUGUUUAAUUCAAUAAAUAUCUAGCUGUCAUGUAAACAGAACACCAAAGUCUAUUAUUAUUUUCAACACUGAAAUGUGUCAGAUGUAGUUGCAAGUUAAAUGGUUCUUCCUCUGCUUCAUUAGUUAAGCAUUAUGCCAUAAAGACAUUUGAGGGAUUGGAGGUAUAGUUCCACCAUUCUUGACCUCAGCAGUAGAUGGAGGUGAGUGGUCAGUUUCACAGUGCUCUAGGCUUUACCCCAGGAGAUAAUACCCCCAAUAUAGAUUGGAUAGGAGUCUUUGGUGGACCCCAUAUACAAGAAAUGUGAGAUGGGGGCUUAUCAGAAUGUGAAUUGUUUCAAAUAAAGAGCCAUUGGACAGCGUGGCAACAAUGCUAACUGCAAUUUUUAAAACCACUGUCCAUUCUUCUACUUCGGUGAUUAAAUAAUUAUUUGAAAUGCCUUCAUAUUGCAAAAUAUUGGUAUAAUGUUCACAUGUGUGACUCCUAUGUGGCUCAGUAGCUAGGAAAA